AUGGGGGAGCAAGUCGUGGAUUUGACAUCGGGGUUGACCGUAAAGGAGAAGAAUGAUACUAUGGUUGAUGUCCAGGAUAACUCAAACUUGGUUUCCGAAUGUCUUGUUGUGAAACCCGUGCCAAAGCCUGGAAAUGAUGCUGAUAUAGAAAAUAUCCAUUGCCAAAGCCCAAACAAAUUUUCAGCUCUACAAGUAAUUGACAAUGAUGAAACUAUUCUGUUGGAUGAGAAUGAUGAUGAUGUAGAGAACGUCUUCACUGAGGGGCUCAUAGAAUUAGAAGCUGAUUUGAGUAAGAAGGCUGCAACUGAUGAAGUUCAAAAAGAGGACAACAAUAGCGGUGAGCAAAAACAGUUAGUUCUUUUUGAACCGGUUUUGCAUGAAGAUGCGAUUGAGGAGAAUGCUAGUGAGUCUAUUAGCAAAGAAGGUGAUCCAGAUGAGUGCUUACUUAUUAGCAUAUGCAGAGGCGUGCACGCCGAAACAAUUAGAUACAAAAAAGCAACGUAUUAG